AUGGCCGAAGUGUCCAAACUCCGCGCAGUCUUGACGCUGUUCAAGAACCUGCUGCUGGCUGCCCUGCUCUACGCCGCCGUCUAUGGCUUCAUCACCUUUGUCAACGACCCCUCGGUCGCCGCAAGGGGCAAGAUUGGCAUUCCCGCCUUCCUCGACAAGGCCGGCCCCACGGAGCUGAUCGAGACGACGUCGGCUGGCGUCAAGGUCAAGUUCGCCGGCACCACCAAGACCGUCACCAUCAACCCGCACGCCAAUGUCUUCAACCGCCCCCUCUCCGCCGUCAGGAACAAGGACGACUACCUGGGCCCCCGCCCCCACGUCGACACCGAGGCCGACAUCGACAUGCUGAUUGAGGAGUGCAGGGGCUCGUACGCCAGCAUCGAGAAGAUGCGCAAACCCUACGACUGCCUCAACUUCUUUGCCAAGCAAGAGCACCGCUACUACUCGCUCCCCGAGCCCGCCCACCGCGCCAGCGCCCAAGACCCCCGCAAGGCUGACUACAUCAACGCCGACGGCCACGGCAAGACGCUCGACAAGUACAUCCCCAUCGAGAGCGCCGUCGCUGCAAACGGCUCGAGCAUUGGCACCUGUCCCGGCCCCAUCAUCCCAUACCACGUCUACUGGACAGGCCCCGCCACCUGGCGCGUCGAGGUCUUCAUCAAGAGCUACCUCUACACCCAGAACCUGGCCUGCUCGCGCCUGUGGCUGUGGCUCGACAGCGACAAGAACCCCAAGGCCGUCGACAACAUGCUCAACAAGGACGCCCUCUUCGCCCGCUUCCUGCCCCUCGUCGAGCGCGGUGACAUUGUUGUCAAGGCCUGGAAGUUUCCCAGCCGCAUUCCGCUGGCCACCGACAAGGAGAACAGGAACGGCUUCAACUACUACACCAAGCCCGGACUGCCCAACUCCAAGGGCGACAGGGAGGUGGCCGAGAACAUCAUCGAAGACAAGCACGGCCAGCAGUGGCUGGUCCUGACGCAGAGGCAAAUGACUUUCCUCCCCGUCGCCGUCUCCGACGCCGUUCGCUUCAUCGUGCUGCACAUGUAUGGCGGCGCCUACUUCGACAUGGAUGUGCUGAUGCUGAGGGACAUGCGCCCGCUCUUGUUGCCCAAGGAGCACGCCUUUGCCGAGCGAUGGGGAGCCCACCCCCACCCAGGCGACUACAACACGGCAAUCAUGUCGCUUUCGGCAAACUCUUCGCUUUCGUCGUACCUGCUCUACGGCGGUAUCCGCAUGGGUGUCAACUUCCACCCUCGUGUCCUGGGUCGCAUGGCCUGGAAGGACGGCCGUGAUCAGGAAUUCAAAAUGUUCGAGACGGCUGCCUUUGAUCCCAUCUGGACCGAAUUCAACUGGGACCGCGAGGGUCGAUGCACCGUUCCAUGCUUUCGCGACUACGGUGCUGUUUUCAAGGGAAGCAUUGGCAGCAUCAGGGAUGAGUGGGAGAGCUACGAUGGCCCGCAACUAGAGCGCAUCAACCUGAAGGAUGCCCAACGCAAGGAGCUCCGCGCCACAAGCAUCCAGGAGACGAAGCGUAGUGAAGACAAUGUGCCAGCUUCCUCUGCAGCCCUCACUCCCCCCCACGGCGACAGGCCAGGCCACCAUGAUUCGUUCCAGGCUACAUUGGAUGAAGAGGCGGAGCUGCGCAAAGCGGGCGUCGUGUCAGAUUAUAUCUUGGAAGAAGACAAGUUCCCGCCCAACAACCGCACCCUGGAAAACUUCUUCCGUGGUGCAUGGACCUAUCAUAUCCACAACCAGUGGAUGAAGCAUCCCGAGCCCUCGUCGUGGAUCUCCGUCCUUGAGCACGCCCACGACGAUUUCAUUGCUGGCAGGCGCACCAACGCCUAUGGCGAGAAAUGGACUGGUCCAAUUCUCAUGCCAUACAACUACUGGCCAGAGUUUGUCUGA